AUGGCAGGACGUAGCCACGUGAGGGUGAGUGCGAAACGUAGUAUAUUGUCCAGUCUGCAUUCAACAUGCUACAUAAGGGAUAUUGUUGCUAAAACAUGUAUUGCUUAUCGCGGUCAACAGUUACCGUUUCGUGAAUUGAGUAAACUCAAGGUGGGUCAACUUAUUACAAUGAAUGGGUUUGUAUCGGCCAGUCUUUCCAAGCAAGUAGCCCUUAUUUAUGCCGGUGAUGGAUCAAAUCGUCCGAAAAUGGAAAGUGUGCUGUUUGCAAUACAUAUUGAUAAUCGUAUCGGUUUAUUUUCAACAUUUCAUCAUAUCGAAAAAGAGAGUUGA